AUGAGCGCCGUGCGACAGAAGCGACAAUCUUGCGAAGCGUGUCGAAAGGGUACCGGGUGCUCCCGAUGUGUAAAGCUUGGUCUCACUUGCAAGUUUCAUGACAAAGGCAUCCCUGGAAGACCUCGGAAAUGGUCACUCAUUGAGACUCGAGGCCUCGACAACCAUCGACAAAAUAUUCAGCAAGCUUAUGGCCGAGAUGGACAAGACACUGCCCUAGAGACUGAUCGCUCGAGUGAUCACAUGAGCGACGGGAGGAAUUCUUACCAGCAAGACUUGGAUCUUCGACAAAAUUCAGAGCAAGCCCCAUCAGCGGCAGUCUUUGCUCAAAAAUCCCUAGUAGCUACGAGUAGCUCGACCGACUUGUGGCCGGCUACGCAGCAGGAAUGGACUCUACGUGAGGCCGAUCAGUUGGGUUUAAGCUAUCAUGACUUCGAGGGGUUGCCGCCGCUACUCGAUUUCAACACAAGUGAGCAGCUGGACUCACUGCCUCUCGACCCUUUCCAGGCCUGUUUAUUCAACUAUGCCGACGGUGCGGCUUCGGCGGAGCGGUCUUCCAACGCAUCGGCCACACCGGAUGCGCCGCCGCCGCAGCAGCAGCAUGAGGCUUGCGACUGUGCCAGACGAGUUUUCGAAGUCAUAAGGUUAUUGAAAAGUGGCCCAGUGUCGCACAAUACCGUCCGAACUCUCCGUCUCGGUGCCGACCUUGUGGAAAAGCUCCUAAAGUGUGUGAUAUGCUACGAUGUUUCCAGCCCACCGCGUAACACUCUACAAAAUGUACUCCUCCUCGGUAGGCUAUCACUCGAGGUCACGAAUGGGUAUCAAAAUUACGUGAGAUGGCUCAAGGACCACUGCAGUGGUCUCUCGGAGAGGGGCAUGGACGAUACCGUAUAUCUCAUGCCUGGGGCGGAUGCCAGUUCGGCACUCGGCUUCAAGAUCAGUAGCGACAAGUUUUAUGACCUAGUAGUGGGCGGCCUUAAAAGCGACGCAGAGAGGUUAUUGGACCUAGGCAGACAAUUUGCGGUGAGGCAGCAUAAUCGCCAUCUCGUGGGCCACGAGGCAUGCCCGGACCCGGAGGGACGUUGCUUGAAGGAAGAAAAAGAUCAUGAUGCCGCUCCUGAUCUGUUGGAUGUCUGCCCACAGAGCCCAGCAGCUCGGGUGUUAACGCCUUGUUAUCAGAUUGUUGAUGAGGUGAGGUCUAAAAUUAAACAAUUUAAGGAUGCCGUGACUUGA